CUCAAAUUUCCACUCUUUUCACACACUACUCUGAUACCCCUUUUUUAAGGGUAGAGAAGUACCCCUCUCUCUCUCUCUUUCUCUUUCUCUCACACACACACACAUCAUCAUCUUUCCAGUGACUGUAAGCGUGUGUGCGUUUGUUGUUUUACAGAAGAAGCAACUGAAAAGAAACCACCAAAAAACUGUAAAAAUCAAAAGCCCCCUGCAGUGGUUUCCCUUCCCGGACAUGCCGAAGAAAUGAAACCACUCCUGGUAAAACCAAAAGGGUCAGUAGUGAGAGAGAGAGAGAGAGAGAAAAAAAAACAAGUCUUCAGAGGAGGCGUGGAGAGAGAAAGACAACAACAAUAAUACUAUUUAAGAGGGUUGUUUAAUUUAAAGCAAUGUCACAAGAUUCCGAGGAGAUAAAGACGAUUGAGCAGUGGCGAUGGUCUGAAAUGCAAGGCCUCGAACUGUUGCCUACUUCAUCAACACCUCCAGAAACAGCAGCACCAACACAAGAGCAGCAACAAAUUCAAGAGCAAGAACUGGGUAGAGAGAGAGAAAGCAGGCGGGAGAGAGAGAAGAAGAGGGAGAUGGAAGGGUCCGAGGGGAAGAGAGACGGGGAGAAGAAGCCCGGUCCGGGCCCGCCCACGACCGGGUUCGGCGAUUUGUUCAGAUUCGCAGAUGGGCUGGACUACGUCCUGAUGGGAAUUGGGACGGUCGGAGCCGUGGUGCAUGGCUCUUCCCUCCCCAUUUUCCUCCGGUUUUUCGCCGAUCUUGUGAACUCUUUCGGGUCUAAUUCAGGCGAUAUUGAUAAGAUGACACAAGAAGUUACCAAGUAUGCAUUUUACUUUCUUGUUGUUGGGGCAGCAAUAUGGGUAUCUUCAUGGGCAGAAAUUGCAUGUUGGAUGUGGAGUGGGGAGAGGCAAUCGACCAAGAUGAGGAUCACGUACUUGGAAGCGGCUCUGAACCAAGACAUCCCGUUCUUCGAUACCGAGGUCCGGACGUCGGACGUCGUUUUCGCCAUUAACACCGAUGCAGUGAUGGUCCAAGAUGCCAUUAGCGAGAAGUUGGGCAACUUCAUACACUAUAUGGCAACAUUUGUGUGUGGAUUUAUAGUGGGGUUCACGGCUGUUUGGCAAUUAGCUCUGGUCACCAUUGCUGUGGUUCCUCCUAUAGCUGUAAUUGGAGGUAUACACACCACCGUAUUAGCUAAGCUCUCUGGCAAGGCCCAAGAAGCUCUAUCACAGGCAGGAAACAUAGCAGAACAGACAAUAGCUCAAAUUCGGACGGUAUUGGCAUUUGUGGGAGAAUCACGAGCAUUACAAGCGUAUUCCUCGGCAUUGAGGGUUGCUCAGAGGCUAGGUUACAAGAGCGGAUUUGCAAAGGGAAUGGGGUUAGGAGCAACUUACUUCACUGUAUUCUGCUGUUACGCACUUCUGCUUUGGUACGGUGGGUAUCUGGUUAGGCACAACUAUACCAAUGGAGGACUCGCCAUGUCCACCAUCUUUGCAGUAUCCAUCGGUUGCCUAGCUUUGGGACAGGCGGCUCCAAGCAUGGCUGCAUUUGCCAAGGCCAGAGUUGCAGCUGCGAAAAUAUUUCGUAUAAUUGAUCACAAAUCAGGUGUUGAGAGAAACAACGAAUUGGGUUUGGAACUAGAAUCUGUUGCAGGACAGGUGGAGCUGAAAAAUGUUGAUUUCUCCUAUCCGUCAAGGCCUGAAGUUAGAAUUCUUAGCAAUUUCUCUCUAACUGUUCCUGCUGGAAAAACCAUAGCUUUGGUUGGAAGCAGUGGCUCUGGAAAGAGCACUGUGGUUUCCCUCAUUGAGAGAUUCUAUGAUCCUACCUCAGGACAAGUUCAGUUGGAUGGGCAUGACAUCAAGACAUUAAAAUUGAAUUGGCUGAGGCAGCAAAUUGGGCUGGUGAGCCAAGAGCCUGCUCUCUUUGCUACCACCAUUAAAGAGAACAUACUUUUGGGUCGGCCGGACGCAACCCUAAUUGAAGUCGAAGAAGCUGCCAGAGUCGCCAAUGCCCAUUCAUUCAUUGUCAAGCUUCCUGAUGGCUUUGACACCCAGGUUGGAGAGAGAGGCCUUCAACUCUCAGGAGGGCAAAAGCAAAGAAUAGCCAUAGCAAGGGCAAUGCUGAAAAACCCAGCAAUCUUGUUAUUAGACGAGGCAACAAGCGCAUUAGACUCCGAGUCGGAGAAGCUCGUGCAAGAAGCCCUUGAUCGCUUCAUGAUUGGGAGAACGACACUUGUCAUUGCUCACCGCCUCUCCACUAUCCGGAAGGCUGACCUUGUGGCUAUACUUCAACAGGGUAGUGUCUCAGAAAUCGGCACUCAUGAUGAGCUUAUGGCCAAAGGAGAAAAUGGUGUCUAUGCAAAGCUUAUCCGGAUGCAGGAAAUUGCUCAUGAAACCGCUCUUAAUAACGCCAGAAAGAGUAGCGCGAGGCCUUCAAGUGCUAGAAACUCAGUGAGCUCACCAAUAAUCACUCGAAACUCCUCCUAUGGGCGAUCACCGUACUCCCGCCGCCUCUCCGACUUCUCCACCUCCGAGUUUAGCCUCUCCAUUGACGCUUCUCACCCCAACUACCGCCUUGAAAAACUUGCAUUCAAAGAGCAAGCGAGUUCCUUCUGGCGCCUGGUAAAAAUGAACUCUCCUGAAUGGGUGUACGCCCUAAUCGGUUCCAUCGGUUCUGUCGUCUGUGGGUCCCUCAGUGCCUUCUUCGCAUACGUCUUGAGUGUGGUCCUAAGUGUAUAUUACAAUCCGGAUCACGCUUACAUGAUCCGAGAAAUCCGAAAGUACUGCUAUUUGUUAAUAGGGGUUUCAUCUGCCGCGCUUAUAUUCAACACUCUACAACACUUCUUCUGGGAUGUCGUGGGGGAAAACCUUACAAAACGGGUGAGGGAGAAAAUGUUAACAGCAGUGAUGAAAAACGAAAUGGCGUGGUUUGAUCAGGAUGAGAAUGAGAGUUCAAGAGUUGCAGCUAGGUUGUCUCUCGAUGCUAAUAAUGUUAGGUCCGCGAUUGGUGACCGGAUUUCGGUAAUCAUGCAGAAUUCGGCGCUCAUGGUUGUUGCUUGUACUGUGGGAUUUGCUUUGCAAUGGCGUCUCGCCCUUGUUCUCCUUGCCGUGUUUCCUCUUGUCGUUGCAGCCACUGUCCUGCAGAAAAUGUUCAUGCAAGGUUUCUCAGGAGACCUAGAAGCUGCCCAUGGCAAAGCCACACAACUAGCAGGGGAAGCCAUAGCCAAUGUAAGAACUGUUGCCGCCUUCAAUUCGGAAUUCAAAAUCGUCACCCUUUUCUCCAACAGCCUCCAAACUCCGCUAAGGCGAUGCUUCUGGAAAGGCCAGAUUGCUGGAAGCGGAUAUGGCAUAGCCCAGUUUUCGCUCUACGCUUCCUACGCCCUCGGCUUCUGGUACGCCGCUUGGCUCGUAAGACAUGGCAUCUCAGAUUUCUCGAACACUAUACGGGUUUUCAUGGUCCUAAUGGUCUCCGCCAAUGGUGCGGCCGAAACCCUAACCCUAGCCCCUGAUUUCAUCAAUGGCGGCCGAGCCAUGCGGUCAGUGUUCGAUCUCCUUGACCGGAAAUCUGAAAUUGAUCCGGAUGAUCCAGACUCCACCCCGGUCCCCGAACGCAUCCGGGGUGAAGUGGAAUUCAAGCAUGUUGACUUUUCCUACCCCUCCCGCCCUGACGUGUCAGUCUUCCGAGACCUCAACCUCCGUGCACGUGCGGGAAAGACUCUUGCGCUUGUAGGCCCCAGCGGUAGUGGUAAGAGCUCAGUCGUUGCUCUAAUAGAGCGAUUCUACGAGCCGUCUUCUGGACGAAUCUUGAUUGAUGGGAAGGACAUAAGAAAGUAUAGCCUCAAAUCGUUGCGACAGCACAUUACUCUAGUACCUCAAGAGCCGUGUCUUUUUGCGACCACCAUAUAUGAAAAUAUUGCUUAUGGGCGCGAAUAUGCCACCGAAGCUGAGAUAAUUGAGGCGGCGACUCUGGCAAACGCCCACAAGUUCAUCUCCUCCUUACCAGAUGGUUAUAAGACGUUUGUUGGGGAGAGGGGAGUUCAGUUGUCCGGGGGACAAAAGCAAAGAAUUGCGAUUGCUAGGGGUUUUCUAAGGAAGGCGGAGAUAUUGCUGCUAGACGAAGCCACAAGCGCGCUUGAUGCCGAGUCAGAAAGGUGUGUUCAAGAGGCGUUGGAGCGGGCUUGCUCGGGAAAAACCACAAUCGUGGUUGCUCAUCGGCUAUCGACUAUCAGAAACGCCCAAGUCAUUGCAGUUAUAGACGAUGGGAAGGUCGCAGAGCAAGGUUCACAUUCACACCUAUUGAAAAACUACCCAGAUGGGAUUUACGCCCGUAUGAUACAGUUGCAAAGGUUCACACACGGGCAGACCCUGAACAUGGUAUCAGGAUCUUCUUCUUCGGCUCGGCCCAAAGAAGAUGAUCAGAGAGAAGGCUAGUGAAUCGGAAAGAGAAUAUUACAAGAAAGAAGUAUAUCUCUUAUACAUCUUGAUGAAUUUUUUUGGAUGUCAUGUUCCUGUCUUAUGAUUUGGUAUAGCAUAGUAUGUGUAUCUUCUGAAAUUUCCAUAAUAUAUAUAUAUAUAUAUUCCUAUUUUGAUUGA